AUGGCUGACAUCUUGACCGAGGCUGAGUUCAAGUCUGACGGCUCUUUGGGUUACGUCACAACGGAGGAUGAUCAUCUGCACGGCUACACAACGCUUGUUCUCCUAGGCCUGAAUCUAUUCUUGCGCGUCUGCCCGUAUGGCGGCCUGCCGUUCACCAGUCGCCCCAACCGCGCGCCGCCGUCCGCCCGUCGCCGCAUCCGCCCGCCGCCGUCCGCCGCCAUCCUACAGGCACCGUCCACCCGCCGGAGCAGGAGCGCGGUCCCCAAGCGCCGUAGAGGCGUCGGCGCGGCUACCGCCUCCGGGUCCACGGCACAGUCGCUGAACGACGACAUCCUCCGGUCCGUCUUCUCCCGCCUGGACGACCACUUCGACCUUGCCCGCUGCUCCGCCGUGUGCGGCUCAUGGAAUAGGCUAAUUGAAACAACUCAUCUCAUGAGGGAUCUGUAUUACAAAAGGAAUCCACCAGCAAAAGAUUCAAGCUCUAAUAUUUUAGUAAAAAGUUACUUUGAGAUGCUUGCCAUGGAUGAGCAUGCAUCAUCUUUCUCUAGAGGACCUGCUGAAGCUUUUCAGUGGAUUGGGCACCCAAUACGGGCUACCUUGUGCCCUAUGAAGAGUGGUUCAAUUUUAACUGGAGUUGGAGAUAAGGGCAAUACAAAUGGAGGCAUUGGCAUUACUGAAGAAUGUGAUCUGGAGGAUCAGAUGUCUUGA